UCUCACCCUCAAAUUAAAGCUCCAAUUUGUUCUUCUGUUUCAUAAUAAAUCUCCAUCCCAAAAGCCAAAAAAGAGAACUGAAUAAGAGCAGAUGGGGACACUGGUUGGGCAUGUGGCACCUGGUUUUGGUUUCUUUGCAAUUGGGCUGUGGCACCUGCUAAACCACAUAAGGGUCCAUGCUGGAAACCCAAAGCCAGCAACCUACACCUCCCUCCCAUGGUUCCCAACCCCAAGAAUCAGAUAUUUGGAGCUUUUCUUCAUCAUCUCUGGCUGCUUGGCCUCCAUAGCCAUGGAGCUCUUCAUAGGCCCCGAAAGGCACCAGCCCUUCGACACCGAUGGGACCAUACCCUCCGACCAUCUCCACAACUUUGAGCACUCAAACAUCUCCAUGGCCUUCCUUGCAUACGCCGUCCUCUGCAUAGUCCUGGACAGGACAUCUGCCCCUGCCCGGGACGCCAUGUCCUAUUUCCUUGGGGCAGUUGCCUUCGGCCAGCAGCUCCUCCUUUUCCACCUCCACUCUGCUGACCAUAUGGGGGUUGAAGGGCAGUACCACUGGCUGCUCCAGAUUGUGGUCUUUGUGUCCUUAGCCACCACACUCUUAUCCAUUCCCUUCCCCAACAGCUUCAUCAACGCCUUUGUGAGGUCCUACAGCAUACUCCUUCAAGGGGUUUGGUUUAUGGUCAUGGGGUUCAUGCUGUGGACCCCGGGCCUCGUCCCGAAGGGCUGCUUCAUCAGCUCGGAGGACGGGCACCAAGUGGUGAGAUGCCAUAGCCACCAGGCGCUUGAGCGCGCCAAGUCCCUCGUCAACAUCCAGUUCAGCUGGUACGUGAUUGGAGUGACCGGUUUCGCCGUCUCGUUUUACGUGGUGCUUGUCGGGUUGUUAUAUGGCCAUCAUGAAGGGGAGUACCAAUCUUUAUUUGAUGAUGGCCAAGAAGAGGUAAUUGCUGUGAUGGAGGAGGACAUUGAGUCUCAGAAGGGACGCAAAAAUGGGGGUCCAAAGAGCUUUCUUGAAGCUGAUCAGAAGAUGUUUGCUUCAUCAGAGAUGGAAAGGUAGAAAGAGUGCUUAUUAGCCUAGCUAUGGUACUUGCGUACAAAAGAUGAACAGAUUGAAGAAAAUUACUCCGUUCAAGAACUGUUUAUUAUUAGCCUAUUAGAUAAGAAUGAGGAAGAAAAAACACAUACUCCGUAGUCCGUUCUAUUUGUUUGUAUAAACGGUAGAGAAAGAAAUGGAUUAUAAUGAU